CCCCAAAUCAAACAUCCCCUAACAGAAAACCGAAACCCUGGAAACUCCGUCUUCACUACUCACUAGCUUGAGGAUGGCAGCCAUGGCCGAGGAGCUUCAAGAGAGACAAAGAGGUCCAAUUUUCUCGGAUAUUCGUCGUUAUUACUGCCAAUUUUGUGGUAUUUGCAGAUCCAAAAAGUCGCUCAUCAACUCUCAUAUUCUCUCUCAUCACCAGGAGGAGAUGAGAGAAGUUGAAGGCGAGGAGGAAAAGGAGGGGCAAAAGUGUAAUAAUAACACAUGUGAAGAAUGUGGUGCUACUUUCAAAAAGCCUGCUCAUUUGAAGCAACAUAUGCUUAGCCACUCACUUGAGAGGUCCUUUGUUUGUCCAAUAAAUGACUGCAAUGCGAGUUAUAGAAGGAAAGAUCACUUAAACCGCCACCUUCUUCAACACAAAGGGAAGCUGUUUAAGUGUCCUAUAGAAAAUUGUAGUAGUGAGUUCUCUGUUCAAGGGAACAUUAGUAGACACUUGAAGGAAUUUCAUGGUGAUAAUAAGCCUGAAAAUGAUAGUGGAAAGGGACAAAUCAAACGUGUUUGUGAGGAAAUUGGGUGCGGGAAGGAGUUUAAAUAUGCAUCUCAGUUACGGAAGCAUGCUGAAUCCCAUGUGUUGGAGUCUUCAGAAUCAUUUUGUGCUGAUCCUAGCUGUAUGAAGCCGUUUUCAAAUGUCGAGUGUCUCAAGGCUCAUAUCAGAUCCUGUCACCAAUAUGUAAACUGUGAGGUGUGUGGUUCUAAGCAUCUAAAGAAAAACUACAAACGUCACCUCUUAACUCAUGGGGAGCACCUACCCACCGUACUGAAAUGCAGUUUCGAGGGUUGUGACCACUCAUUUACCACAAAAUCAAAUAUGCAGCAGCAUGUAAAGGCAGUGCAUUUACAACUGAGACCCUUCAUUUGCAGCAUCCCUGGUUGCGGCAUGAAAUUUGCUUUCAAGCAUGUAAGGGAUAACCAUGAGAAAACUGGCCGCCAUGUUCAUGUGCAUGGGGAUCUUGAGGAGUUUGAUGAGCAAUUCAGAUCCAGGCCUCGUGGUGGACGUAAAAGAAAGGUUCCAUGUGUAGAGAUGCUGAUGCGCAAAAGAAUCAGCCCGCCUAAUCACUGUGAUGGUGUUCUUGAUGAUAGCUCAGAGUUUCUCUCAUGGUUGCUUUCAGAUGAUAGUUGAUUGACUUCAAACAGGGGCAGAAUCGGUAUAUUAAUAGAUUGUAGGUUCAAGUUAACUGGACUUCUAGAGGUAGGGGGUAUAGAAGGGUACAUUGAUAGAGAUCAUGUGAGUUGUAUAUUAGGCUACUUUAGUAAGUUUUUUGACCGUUGGAUGGUUAUUUGGGGAGAGCUGAAUGUUUGAUAAUUGGUGUAUUUAUGUUAAUGUUAAUGCGUUCACUUAACCCAAUUAUAUGCAGGAUUUAUUCAUUUAUUUAUUUAGUUAUUCUGUAUAAAGAUACUAAGUUUUUAUGGGUAUCAUUUUUCAUCAAGGACAAA